AUGUCAUCAACCAAUUCAUUAAUAAUAGGAUGGCGUUUAAAAGGUCGCCACGUACUUAUUAUAGGCGGGAAUCAUAUCAUUGCAAAUAGAAUAGAAUUUAUUUUAGACACCAAACCUGAAAAAAUCACCUUGAUCUCUCCCAAGCAAAAGAUCACUUCUAAUAAAGUAACCAGCUAUAUUAAUAAUGAUUUGGUUAUAUAUAAAAAUAAAGAGUUUCAUGUAGAUGAUUUGACCACUGAAAAGAUUGAUUUGAUAUUAGCAUCUAUUGAUAAUGAUUUAAAAUUAUCUGAAAAAAUUGCUGCGACUGCUCGUGAACAAAAAAUACCAAUUAAUGUUGCUGAAUUACCACAACUCUGUGAUUUCUGGUUUAUGCCAACAUAUCGUGAUGGAAAUUUACAAGUAGCUAUUUCAACAAAUGGUACUGGGCCUCACAUAGCUCAAAAGCUUAGACAACAUAUAAUUGAAAGUAUACCAAAAAAUAUUUCAAAUGCUAUUGGAAAUGCUGCUUUAUUAAAACAACUUGUUAGUACAGCAAAUAUAUCAACACUUACAAAAAUCGCUGAUAAAUUAUCACUUAAUCAACUUGCUCAAUUAUCAGAACCUGAAAUUAAAAAAUUAAUUGGAACAACUGAAUCCAAUGAUAAUGAUUUGGUUUCAAUUUCAAAAUCAAUUUUAUCAUUGAAAUCAAAAAUAGGCAUUGAAAUUAAUACUCAUGAAGGUGGUGGAUUGAAACUUGUGAAUGGUAGUACAGCCAUAGAACAUGUAGCUUAUGCUUUAACUAGUUCUAUUUUUAUUUAUCCAGCUACAAGAUCACACUAUCUUGGUGAAUUAAGUUUAUAUUGGUCUUCACAAUCACUCAAUAAUGCAUUUGGGGAAAUUAAUCACGUAAUAAAGGCUGAUACUCGUUUUGGUGCAUCUACCAUGAUUUUUGGUGCUGCAUCAAAUGUUAAGAGAAUUUCAGCAUUUGCAUCAUCUCAAUCUAUCAUCCCUAUGAUACCAAAUUUCUAUGGGAUUGUUGAUGAAAAAAUACCAUUUGUGAUUCAUGUAUCAGCAUUAGAUAAUGAUGAUCAGAUGAAUUAUUAUGUGAAUUAUCAUAAUUUGCUGAUUGCACACGAAACCGGUUUUGGUAUAAUUAAUUCAUAUUCAAUUCAAGAAGCUCAUGAUAUUGCAUUGAUAACUCAUUUGGCAUCAGUUUAUUUAAAAUCACCUUUUCUACAUGUUUUUGAUGGAUUAAAAGUUUUAAAUAAAUCAACAAAAAUAAAUUUAUUAUCAUACUCAAACAUUCUAAGGUUAAACAAAGAACUAUCAAAUAUGACAGAGAACUUGAAAUCUUUUGAUGAGAAUAAUGAUGAUGAUAAG